AUGGCUCAGCCGGUGGACGCUCCUGAAGCACCGAAAUCCUCCGGAAGUCAGUCACAGGCACCAGUGGCACCAACGUUGCCGCCACAGCUUCAGCGACUGAAGCAGCUUCUGCAGGCUUCAGGUGGGUUGUGCCAAAGGCGUGACCUCAGCUACCAAGACUUCUUGCGAAGGCUUUGCGAAGUUGCGGCGCAGCAUGAGCCUGAAGCGGCUAGGAGCAAAGUGUCCUUCACGAUGAAUCCCAUGCACGUGCCACAGCUUUCGCUGCGCGCCCGGCGCCAUGCCGUCGCCUCGGCCGCGCAGCGCCGCCUUUCGGCGGCAGCCAAGGCUGCAGCGGCGGCGGGCACCGUGGUGAUGGUGGAUGAUGAGCAUGAGGAGAAGGUGUCGGCAGAGAAGAUGAAGGAGUGUCAAGUGGCACAGGCGCCCGAGCUGGCCGAGAUUUUCUCUGACGCCGCCACCUGCGUGGUGCUGCUGCGGAGAUAUUUGAGCCAGGCACAGUGGGUUGGCACCCUGAAUGGUGCACUGAUCUUCGAGAAAGACGGAGUGCUAUAUCCACUGGAGACCACCACACCUGUGCGCGAAAGCGCCACAGCCGGCGCCGAGUUGCUGAGUCUGGGUUCCCUCUUCGCGAUCGCUACCUUCCAUGGACACCUAGGCAGUGCGACACCAAAACUGCUAAAAAGUUUGAAGGCCAAAAAGCUCCCACCAUCGCGGCAUCUCCUGGAGCUCGCUGAUUAUCUCUUGGGCAGGCGUGACACCUGCUGCCUUUUGCUCAGUUCCAGCAAAGCCAAAGAGGUAUCACCUGCACGACCUUCGCGCACAGUGCUUCCCAAGGGACGCGGCGAGCCAACGCCUUUGGAGGAACUGAAAUGUUUGCCGGGACAGGUAGAAAGUGAUGAGAGCGAAGUGGAGAACGAAUC